AUGGGUGGUUCUGCCUUCUCUUCGGUUCCGGAUCCGCCUUACACGCCCCGGAUGCCUCCAGUGGUCUAUCAGCGCGCCGUCUCCGAAUGCAGUGCAGCGCUGCGGAAGCUCUUUGUCUGUGUGGCGACACCAAUCGAAGGGCCGGAAAAAAAGGACCAUGGCGAUGUCGACAUCCUCGUCGCGCUGGACAGGCGGCUCGUUUUCCCCCAGACGCCCGAUGACUCAAUUCCACGGGAACCGAAAGACCUAAUGAAAGAUGUCGAACACAAUCUUUGUGCUCAGUACUCCAUCAUUCACCCGCCCGGUACCGGGACCUCGGCGCACCUGGCGAUCCCAUGGCCGUCAGACAUGGACGAACACACCAUAACCCCCGAAGAAACACCCGGUGCCGGAGGAACUGCCGGCACCUUGUACGAGUCGAAGCCCAAAUACAUACAAGUCGAUAUCAGGAUCUGCCAAAGCGUAGAUGAGCUUUACUGGAGCCUCUACAAGCAUGCUCAUGGGGACAUUUGGAAUCUCCUCGGAAGCACCAUCCGGCCCUUUGGCCUCACAGUCGACGAGAAAGCCCUGUGGCUCCGUAUUCCCGAGAUUGAGGAGUUCGAUCGCAAGCAGUCAAGGGUAUGUCUUACCGAAGACCCCGUCGAGAUUCUCCACUUUCUCGGUAUGAGAGUCGAGGGCUUUUGGGACAAGCCGUUCGGGUCGGUAGAUGCCCUUUUCGACUACGCGACGACCUGUCGCCUCUUCUACGUCCGAGACACGCCUGAUGGUGACGCGGGCGGUGAUGCAGAUGAAGCCGGGGUCAUCGGCGGAGAGGCAGGGCGGAGGAAGCUCAAAUCCAACGACCGACGGAGGAUGAAGGGCCGCCCGAUCUAUCGACGUUGGAUAAACGAGUUUAUCCCAGGACUCCGCGCUGAAGGUAAAUUCGUGCGGGAGAACUCCGGCACGUCCAUUGAGGAGAUGCGAGCCUUGGUUCGGGAUCAAGCUUUCGACCGCUUCCUCGUCGAGGUGGAGUACACGCGGCGGUUGAGAGAGUGGCAGCAGAAGAGGAAUGGCGAGCAGAUGAAGUCGUUGAUCAAGGAAUUGGUCCCAAGCACCAUGGAACCCCAGCGGCGAGCAUGCGUGGUCGGCACGUUGAAAAAGAUCAUUGUAGAAAACGAUACGUCGUUUGGUUUUGAUUCUUUUGGUCUACGAGGCCCAGACGGUCUUUUCGACGCCGGGCUUGUCCGCAGCUUUAUCCAAGAUAAUCUGAUAGAGGUGGGUGAGAUUGGGUGGGCGAGACAACAACAGCGUGCGCAAGAAUCGAUGCGGUUGAAGGCAGCUAGUCGCGAUACUGGGAAAGGGAUGGAGGAGUCAAGGUGA